AUGCUACGGACACCAGUUCUCGUGGAGCAGGGCAAGUCUCCGCCCUUGUUUCGAUCGAUUGAAGAAGAUCUCGUCCCCAGCCAGAUCCGCUGGGGCUCCAUUUCCUCCACGCUGCCUGUUCUUUCAGGCCCAGAGCAGGUUCGUGUGUAUCACGAUUGGAUCGAUGCUGGACGGCCCCAUAAUAUAGUUUGCUGGGAGUGCCGUCUACCCGACAGUCUGAUUGGCUGUCAGACGUGCUGUAGAUCCUACCACACAGCAUGUCUCCAAGACGUCGUGCGGUCUGCAAAUAAUUUUCACUGCCCGUCUUGUCGGGCAAGAUCUUGGGAUCAUGCUCCGCCUCAGUUCUCUACAUUGUCUCCGGCACCAACCAGCACUCGGAGCGCUACCCGAAGCGUCCGUCCUUUGCAAACCCAGGAUUUGCCAUCAACAACAGGACCAACUCGGGAUGAUGAAUCGCCACGAGGAUCGCAGCGCAAGUCAUCCGGGGUUCCAAAGAUGACGCAUCCUGCAUUAAACCGACUUGAUAAACCCAAUGCUGAUAGCACACCCGGACUAUCUCCUGUCACAGAGAUGUACCCUCAACUUUUGGAACAUCUAGCCUUGCCACAUGAUGGCACAGACCAGGGCGCUCAGUUCAAAAAUCAGUUGAGCUUGGCGAUGCAAGAGAUUGAAUCUCACAGAGUAUCAAUGAGUGAGAAAGCCAGCUUGCAACAAGAAUACCUGAGAAUGCAAAAAGAAAACAUGCAGAUCAAAGCGUACCUCGAUUCCGGAUUGUCUCGCGAAGCCACUGCGGUUGCUAGCCCGUCAACAAUCUCGCACAGCAUCACAAGACCCCCGUGCAACGAAGCGGGCAAUCCUGGGAUAGCAUUGCCCUUGACUUAA